CUGGGGCGCAGCCACCCGCGGCUCCUGGCGUCCCCUUGCCCUCUCCCUUUCGCUCCCUGCGGCAGCCCCCAGCGUCCGUCCCCAGGCAGCAUGGUGAGGUUGGCUGUCGGGCCCUCGCCACCAUGUACGUGAGCUACCUCCUGGACAAGGACGUGAGCAUGUACCCCAGCUCCGUGCGCCACUCUGGCGGCCUCAACCUGGCCCCGCAGAACUUCGUCAGUGCCCCCCAGUACCCGGACUACGGCGGCUACCAUGUGGCCGCGGCGGCCGCGGCGGCCGCGAACUUGGACAAUGCGCAAUCCCCGGGGCCGUCCUGGUCCGCAGCCUACGGCGCCCCACUUCGGGAGGACUGGAACGGGUACGCGCCGGGGGGCGCCGCGGUGGCAGCCAACGCUGUGGCGCACGGCCUCAACGGGGGCUCGCCGGCCGCCGCCAUGGGCUACAGCAGCCCCACCGACUACCACCCGCACCACCAUCCGCACCACCACCCGCACCACCCGCCCGCUGCGCCUUCCUGUGCUUCGGGAUUGCUGCAGACUCUCAACCCUGGCCCUCCCGGGCCCGCCGCCACCGCUGCCACUGAGCAGUUGUCCCCCGGUGGCCAGAGGCGGAACCUGUGCGAGUGGAUGCGGAAGCCGGCGCAGCCGUCCCUCGGAAGCCAAGUGAAAACCAGGACGAAAGACAAAUACCGGGUGGUGUACACGGACCAUCAGCGGCUGGAGCUGGAGAAGGAGUUUCACUACAGUCGUUACAUCACCAUCCGGAGGAAAGCCGAGCUGGCCGCCACCCUGGGGCUGUCCGAGAGGUUAAAAUUUGGUUUCAGAACCGCAGAGCGAAGGAAAGGAAAAUCAACAAGAAGAAAUUGCAGCAGCAACAGCAGCCUCCACCACCUACAGCCCAGCCUCCCCAGCCGCAGCCAGGUCCUCUGAGAAGUGUCCCGGAGCCCCUGAGUCCUGUGUCUUCCCUGCAAGGCUCCGUGCCAGGCUCUGUCACUGGGGUUCUGGGGCCAACUGGGGGGGUGUUGAACCCCACUGUCACCCAGUGACCUACA